GCUGCUCCAGCUCCAACUCUCAUUCAUUUCGCCGGUUAACAUGAGAGAUCAUGGCCGCCUUCGGGCUCCUCAGCUAUGAGCAGAGACCGCUGAAGCGCCCGCGGCUCGGACCGCCCGACGUCUACCCGCAGGACCCCAAGCAGAAGGAGGAUGAACUUACUGCCGUGAAUGUAAAACAGGGCUUCAACAACCAGCCGGCCUUCACUGGAGACGAACAUGGCUCAGCCAGAAACAUUGUGAUCAACCCGUCGAAGAUUGGUGCGUACUUCAGCAGCAUAUUGGCUGAGAAACUCAAGCUUAACACCUUCCAGGACACCGGGAAGAAGAAACCUCAAGUGAAUGCUAAGGAUAACUAUUGGCUGGUUACCGCGCGAUCUCAGAGUGCAAUUCAUAGUUGGUUCUCUGACUUAGCAGGAAACAAACCACUUGCUAUUUUGGCAAAAAAGGUCCCCAUCCUUAGUAAAAAAGAGGAUGUCUUUGCAUACUUAGCUAAGUAUUCUGUGCCAAUGGUUCGAGCAACGUGGCUGAUCAAGAUGACCUGUGCCUAUUACUCUGCUAUUUCUGAAGCUAAAAUUAAGAAACGCCAGGCUCCAGAUCCCAAUUUGGAGUGGACACAAAUAUCUACCAGAUACCUCAGAGAGCAGUUGGUCAAAAUCUCUGACUUUUACCACAUGGCCUCCAGCACAGGAGAUGGCCCCGUCCCUGUGCCACCAGAGGUUGAGCAAGCCAUGAAGCAGUGGGAGUACAACGAGAAGCUGGCGUUUCACAUGUUCCAGGAAGGAAUGUUGGAAAAGCAUGAGUAUUUGUCGUGGAUCCUCGACGUCUUAGAAAAGAGCAGACCCGUGGACGACAGCCUCCUCAAGCUCCUCUUGCCGCUGAUGCUGCAGUAUUCAGAUGAGUUCGUUCAGUCGGCCUACCUGUCUCGUCGUCUAGCGUACUUUUGUGCCCGCCGUCUUUCCUUGCUGCUGAGUGAUAGCCCCAACCUCCUUGCUGCUCACUCACCCCACAUGAUAAUUGGAGCAAACAACACGAGCAUUGGGACCUCCAGUCCUGGCACUCCUGGCCCUGGGAUGAGUCCUGUGCAGCUGGCCUUCUCGGAUUUCCUGUCCUGUGCACAGCAUGGCCCCUUGGUUUAUGGACUUAGUUGUAUGUUGCAGACUGUCACUCUGUGUUGCCCAAGUGCCUUGGUGUGGAAUUACUGCACAAAUGAAAACAAGACGGCAAACCCAGGCUCUCCUCUGGACCUGCUGCAGGUGGCGCCCUCCAGCCUCCCCAUGCCGGGCGGGAACACAGCCUUCAAUCAGCAGGUUCGGGCAAGGAUUUAUGAGGCAGAGCAACAGAUAAAGCAACGAGGCCGCGCGGUGGAAGUUCGGUGGUCUUUCGACAAGUGUCAGGAGUCGACAGCAGGGGUGACUAUUAGUCGGGUUUUGCAUACACUGGAAGUCUUGGAUCGUCAUUGUUUUGACCGAACUGAUUCCAGCAAUUCAAUGGAGACACUUUACCAUAAAAUUUUCUGGGCCAACCAAAACAAAGACAACCAGGAGGUUGCCCCCAAUGAUGAAGCUGUGGUGACAUUGUUGUGUGAAUGGGCCGUGAGCUGCAAGCGGUCUGGAAAGCACAGGGCCAUGGCUGUGGCGAAACUCUUGGAGAAAAGGCAAGCAGAGAUUGAGGCAGAGAGAUGUGGUGAGUCAGAAGUCCUCGAUGAGAAAGAGUCCAUUUCUUCAGCAUCUCUUGCUGGAUCUAGUUUGCCUGUUUUCCAGAAUGUUUUGCUAAGAUUUUUAGAUACACAGGCUCCAUCACUGUCGGAUCCAAACAGUGAAUGUGAGAAGGUAGAGUUUGUGAACCUGGUGCUGCUUUUCUGCGAGUUUAUCCGCCACGAUGUCUUCUCCCAUGAUGCAUAUAUGUGUACCCUCAUCUCUCGGGGAGAUCUGUCAGUUACCACCUCCACUGGGCUUCGGUCACCAGCGGGAGAGAAUGCAGACGAACACUAUUCAAAGGACCAUGAUAUGAAGAUGGAGGAGCACAGUAUUAUGGCGCACAUGGGCCUCGGCUCAGGAACCACUAACAUUUUUGAUGAAGUAGACAAGAGUGACUUUAAAAGUGACUUUGGUUCUGAGUUUCCAAUUUUUUCUCCCAUGCCUGGAGAAGCCUGUGAGAAUGCCAACCCUUCCUUGAGCAGAAGAAUGUCAGUCAAUGGUGAGAAACUGAUAAAGAGGGAAAAAACAAGAGAAUUAAUUUUUCCAUCCAAUUAUGACCUCCUCCGCCACCUACAGUAUGCAACCCACUUUCCUAUACCUCUGGAUGAAUCUUCAAGUCAUGAAUGUAACCAGCGCACCAUCCUUCUCUACGGAGUCGGGAAGGAGCGUGACGAAGUCAGGCAUCAGCUGAAGAAGAUUACCAAAGAUAUCCUGAGAAUCCUAAAUAAGAAGAGCACUGCAGAAUCAGGGGGUGGGGAUGAAGGACAGAAAGCCAGGAAGAGCAAGCAAGAAGCUUUUCCAACUCCGGAAACUGUGUUCACGAAACUCCAGCUCCUCUCAUACUUUGAUCAGCAUCAAGUGACAUCUCAGAUCUCCAACAAUGUGCUGGAACAGAUCACAAGCUUUGCGUCUGGAACAUCCUAUCACCUCCCUUUGGCUCACCAUAUUCAGCUCAUCUUUGAUCUCAUGGAGCCAGCACUGAACAUCAACGGACUAAUUGACUUUGCCAUACAGCUGUUGAAUGAACUGAGUGUGGUGGAAGCAGAGCUGCUCUUGAAGUCUUCCAGCCUGGCAGGAAGCUACACCACAGGGCUUUGUGUCUGCAUCGUGGCCGUGCUCAGGCGGUAUCACAGUUGCCUGAUCCUCAAUCCUGACCAGACAGCCCAGGUGUUUGAAGGGUUGUGUGGCGUGGUGAAGCAUGUGGUCAACCCGUCGGAAUGCUCUUCCCCUGAAAGGUGUAUCCUGGCCUACCUCUAUGACCUCUACAUAUCCUGCAGUCACCUCAGAAGUAAAUUUGGAGACCUUUUCAGUAGUGCCUGUUCAAAAGUAAAGCAGACCAUAUAUAACAAUGUAAUGCCGGCAAAUUCCAACUUACGCUGGGAUCCAGACUUCAUGAUGGAUUUUAUUGAGAAUCCCUCAGCAAGAAGCAUCAAUUACUCAAUGCUGGGCAAGAUCCUCAAUGACAAUGCUGCCAAUCGGUACAGCUUUGUGUGCAACACACUCAUGAAUGUGUGUAUGGGACACCAGGAUGCCGGCCGGAUAAACGACAUAGCCAAUUUCUCCUCUGAGCUGACUGCGUGCUGUACGGUCCUUAGUUCCGAGUGGCUAGGGGUUCUGAAGGCGCUUUGUUGUUCUUCAAACCACGUGUGGGGAUUUAAUGACGUACUCUGCACAGUAGAUGUGAGUGACCUUUCAUUCCAUGAUUCAUUAGCUACUUUCAUUGCUAUCCUGAUAGCACGACAGUGUUUCUCACUGGAGGACGUUGUGCAACAUGUAGCGCUUCCCUCUCUCCUAGCAGCAGCUUGUGGAGAUGCAGAUGCAGAGCCCGGGGCAAGAAUGACCUGCCGCCUCCUGCUUCACCUCUUCCGCGCCCCCCAGGCCUGCUUUUUCCCUCAAGCAACAGGCAAACCUUUUCCUGGAAUUAGAUCAUCUUGUGAUCGACACCUCUUAGCUGCAGCUCACAACAGCAUAGAAGUGGGAGCCGUUUUUGCUGUCUUAAAGGCAAUUAUGAUGCUUGGAGAUGCCAAAAUUGGCAGUAACACUGUCAACACCUUAAAGAAUGAUGACUUCAGCAUGAGGGGUUUACGACGCGAUGGGAAUGCUGAAGAUGCCUGGGCCACCUCGCAGAACUCAAAGUCCUAUGGGAAAAGUAUUUCCAUAGAAACUGCCAAUCUAAGAGAAUAUGCUAGAUACGUACUGAGGACCAUCUGCCAGCAGGAGUGGGUGGGAGAACAUUGCUUAAAGGAACCAGAGCGGUUAUGUACGGACAAAGAACUUAUAUUGGACCCCGUGCUUUCCAACAUGCAAGCCCAGAAAUUAUUGCAGCUGAUCUGUUACCCUCAUGGCAUUAAAGAGUGUACAGAUGGGGACAACCUGCAAAGACAGCACAUUAAACGCAUUCUUCAGAAUCUUGAGCAAUGGACAUUGAGACAGUCCUGGCUGGAGCUCCAGCUCAUGAUCAAACAGUGCUUGAAGGACCCUAGCUCUGGUUCUGUGGCUGAAAUGAACAACCUACUGGACAACAUUGCAAAGGCAACCAUAGAAGUGUUCCAGCAGUCCGCAGACCUAACGAACAGUGCCUCUGGUCCAGGCGUGAGCCUCUUCAACCCAAACGGUAUCGGAAGCGUUGACGCAAGUGGCACGAGGCAGAACGGGAUAAAGACAUUCCUGAGUUCCUCUGAACGCAGGGGUGUGUGGCUGGUGGCCCCCCUCAUCGCCCGGCUACCAACUUCCGUGCAGGGAAGAGUGUUGAAAGCUGCUGGGGAAGAGCUGGAGAAGGGACAGCACCUGGGUUCCUCUUCAAAGAAGGAAAGAGAUAGGCAGAAGCAGAAAAGUAUGUCUCUUUUGAGUCAGCAACCUUUCCUCUCCUUGGUCCUUACCUGCCUUAAGGGGCAAGACGAACAACGAGAAGGCCUCCUUACGUCUCUGCAGAAUCAAGUUAAUCAGAUUUUAAGUAACUGGAGGGAAGAAAGAUACCAAGAUGAUACGAAAGCCCGCCAGAUGAUGCAUGAGGCUUUGCAACUGCGCCUAAAUCUGGUAGGAGGGAUGUUUGACACGGUGCAGCGGAGCACCCAGGGGACCACCGACUGGGCCGUCCUCCUCCUCCAGAUAAUUACCUCAGGAACUGUUGACAUGCACACUAACAAUGAAUUAUUCACAACAGUUCUUGACAUGCUGGGUGUUUUAAUCAAUGGGACACUGGCUUCUGACCUAUCAAAUGCUUCCCCUGGAGGAUCUGAAGAGAACAAACGUGCAUACAUGAAUUUGGUAAAGAAACUGAAAAAAGAACUAGGAGACAAGCGGUCGGAAAGCAUUGACAAAGUUCGGCAGUUGCUACCUUUGCCAAAGCAGACAUGCGAUGUUAUCACUUGUGAACCCAUGGGCUCUUUGAUCGACACAAAGGGAAACAAAAUUGCUGGAUUUGACUCCAUCGAUAAAAAACAGGGUCUUCAGGUUUCUACGAAGCAGAAGGUGUCCCCUUGGGACCUGUUUGAGGGUCAGAAGAACCCGGCUCCUCUGUCCUGGGCCUGGUUUGGCACAGUCCGAGUGGACCGGAAGGUUAUAAAGUAUGAGGAACAGCACCAUUUCCUUCUGUACCACACACACACCAUGCCGAAGCCCCGAAGCUACUACCUCGAGCCACUGCCCCUACCUCCUGAGGAGGAAGAGGAAGAGCCCACAUCUCCAGUUUCUCAGGAACCAGAAAGGAAAUCAGCUGAGCUGUCAGAUCAAGGGAAAACUACAGCUGACGAGGAGAAGAAGACAAAGGGAAGGAAGCGUAAGACAAAGUCAAGCUCCCGCGUUGAUGAAUACCAACAGAACAACAUAUACCGAGUGCCUCCUAAUUACUCACCCAUGUCCUCCCAAAUGAUGCAUCACCCACAGCCCGCACUGUGGGGUUACAACCUCGUGAGCCAGCCUCAGCAACCCAGCUUUUUCCUGCAGAAUCAAUCCCUAAAUCCAGGUGGCUCCAGAUUGGACCCUGCAGGCUCCUUUGUCCCAACCAAUACCAAGCAGGCUUUGUCCAACAUGCUGCAGAGACGCUCAGGCGCCAUGCUGCAGCCACCUUCCCUUCAUGCAGUCACGUCUCAGCAGCAGCUGCUACAGAUGAAGCUUCUACAGCAGCAGCAGCAGCAACAGCAGCAGCAGCAGCAACAACGGCUUCUCAGGCAAGCCCAGACUCGACCUUUCCAACAGGGCCAGCCAGGGGACCAGGCUGCUCUCUUCUCUGCACAGGCACGGCCCUCCCCUCAGCUCCCUCAGUAUCCAGGGCUGCAACAAGCACAGACCAUGCCCCAGGGCUACACAAUGUAUGGAACACAGAUGCCUUUGCAGCAGGCAGCUCAGCAGCAGCCUGGAGGUGUGGUCCUUUCCCCCAGCUACAACUCCAGGGCCUAUCCAGCUACACAUUCCAGCCCAGCGCUGAUGGAAAGACUCCGACAGAUUCAACAGCAGCCAAGUGGCUAUGUGCAGCAGCAGGCCUCGCCGUACCUGCAGCCCGUAGCUGGCUCUCAGAGACUGAACCACCAGGCUCUACAGCAGAGCCCUCUGGUGGGCGGGGGAAUUGAUGCUGUGCUGACUCCCGCACAUCCCAACCUCCCCUCGGUGCCCCUGCCUCAGGACCCAAUGAGGCCCAGACAGCCGCAGCAAGUUCGACAGCAGCAGAGACUCCUCCAGAUGCAGCAGCCCCAGCAGGCCCCCCAGCCCCAGCAGCCCUCACAGCCCCAGAAUCAGGCCCUUGGUCUCCAAGCAGUGCAGCCCCAACAGCCUUUGUUCCCCAGGCAAGGCUUGCAGCAGACCCAGCAGCAGCAACAGACAGCCGCCCUGGUGCGGCAGCUCCAGAAGCAGCUUUCUAGUAACCAGCCACAGCAAGGAGUGACCCCCUGUGCGCAUCCUUCACACUUUUGAAUCUGAAAGAGAAGACAUGAAGUUUAUGUUUGCACAGAAUAUCAGAUUUAGUAGUCAUCAUAAGAAGUCUCCUUUGGUCUUUGAUUUAUUUAUGUUUUUCUAUAUUUUAUGCUACAUUUCAGGCAGAGGCAUUUAAAUAAGUAGAGAAGUUGUGGUUUGGUUUUUAAUCAUCUCUAAAGUAGGUUUUAAAAUGUGGAUCAUGCCGGCCUACUCCAGAUAGUGUGGUAGCAGACCUUUUGAAACUGGUGCUUUUUUUUAAUCUCAUAUUUACAUAAAGAAUGAAUUAUGGUAGGUUUAAAUAUUUAUGUAUUCGUUAAUUUUUUUUUUUAAAACCUGUGUUGGACCAAACUACUGAUUUGGAAGAUGUGGCAGGUCUCGCAGGAGUGUGACACGUUCGCUUCUCACUCACCUGUGACAAUGGGGUGAACACUUUAUUUGCAUCACGUUUAAGUUGAAAUGUUGAUCAUUUCAUAAGCACUUUAUAGACUUUGUUCACAUUUAUGGAGAACUUUGCUUUGCUUUUGUUGUGGUCCAAAGGUGCUGAAACAGAUUGUUGCUUGGGACUUUGACUUCUUUCAGGGCUUCUGCGAGAGCCACCCUGAGAUACGUGGGAGCCUCUUAGAAGGACUUGUACUCAAAUAUGGUUCCAAUGGCAAAACCUUUAACCAGAUUCUUCAUAAAGGUACAACAUAUAACUGCCGGAGCCCCGAAGAACCACGGUGGAAUCAGUCCAUUAACUUACUGCCAGUUUUAGUACAAUAAUAACUGUUCAGUUAUGGUUCGGCAGAGCCUCAUGCCAACUUGAGAAAAAAAAAAAAAAAUCUCACAGCUGGCCGUAGAUUCCACAGUGCUCAGACUUGACAUGGUUUCCAGAGAAUCUGGUCCCACAGUCCAGAAGGCUCUGGUAUGCAUCAAAGGUGUACUUGCUGUUAAUUUUGUAUGGUAAGUAUUUGCAAUUUUGAAUUUAAUUAUUAAUGUUGGUGUCAGUCUUGGUUGUGUAUUGCUUAUAUUGUAUUUAUAAACCGGUGCAAAAAGCACAAGUAAAGUAAAUUAUACAGCAAAUUUAUUAUACAGAAAUAGUAACUAUUUUAACUUUGUUCAAGUAUGUGGUAAUUUGCUCCUAUUAGAGUGAAAAAUACAGUAAAUUAUUAUCAGUUUGUGUAACUUAAGAGUAUUCCAUAUAAUAUUUUUUUAGAAUUAGAUGCAUAAAAUUUUGAAUGUGAAAAUUGCAGGGCAUUUUAAGACAUACAUAGGGAUUUCUCUGUGUUCUUUGUUGGGCUCAUUUUCUUUCUGCCAUAUGAUUUUACAUGUAAUGUAGUCAAGCAUACUGUGAAUGGAUUGUCUGUGAAGAGCAAACCAUGUAGAGCUACUUUUUUUUUUUUUUUUUACAAAUGUAGCUUGUACAACUUUAGAUCAUUUCUUUUGCAGAUCAUUAUAUAAAUAAUUUAUACCUUCCUAGGUGAGUUACUCAUUGCAAAGUUUGACUCAUUCAAAUGACCUCAAAUACAUGUUUGCUUACUUUGCCAUGGCAACAUCCAUGUGAACUGCUUUGUACACUGUGAACUCUAUCCCUCCAGCCUGCUUGUUUUGUGUUUACUCUGGGCUGGAAAAGACUUUGCCAAACAUGAAAGACCAUUCUUUCCACUGAGUUAACCUUCUACCUGCUUUCAGACAGUGCAGUACAUUUCAGUGGUCUCGUAUGGCUGCUUCGCUUUCCUUUCCAGAGUCAUCCUUCAAAUUCACAAAACUAGUUUUAUUCAAAGUAAUGUACCAUAUGACUGCAUUGGCAAAACCACCGAAGUGGGAAUGUUGUGCCUAGUGAGUUGAGUCAGAUCCUGUCCUCUCUGGUCAUUAUUCAAUGAUUAUCGGUAGUUUAAAUUUCGGUUUCAGUUUGAACCAUAUAUUUUUGUAGCUUAGUAUUGCAAACAGCAGAAUGAGUGUUGUAAUUGCGUAGCAUCUGUAUGCACUUUACACUUUGCAGAAGUUAAUUUAUCAAUCAUUUUGCACAUGAAGGCUGUGGUUAUUCCUUUG